AAUUAUUGUGCUAUGUUUAUCUUAUGUAUUACAAAUAUUUUUUAAAACAUUUGUUCACACUUCACAGUAAAAAAUACUAAAUAAGUUUGUUCUAAAUGUAUAUCUAGUUGUUUAGUAUAAAUGAACUUUUAACGAAAACACAAAUAACUUAAGAGUUAACACUUUAAAGUUCAUAACGAAUAACUAUAUAAAGUAUAAAUGAUUAAAUACUAAAUGCUAGUAGAGUUUCGGAGUCCGGAAAAUACACAAUUUAAAAUUUAAAUAAUACAUUCUAUAGUUAUAUUCAUGAACAGAAUCAACAGAUGAAGUUAUAUCAUGGUUAUCGGUUAUAUAUUCCUUAGAAAAGAAAACAUAUUUUAUUGUUUCCUCCGAUGACCACCAGCAAAGCUGCGCGGCUGAUAAGCUGCUGACAUACCUUGUUUGUUAUAUCAUGAUGCCACUCAUUCCCGGCCUGCAGCUACACGCUGAAUUAUAUCUUAGUCCAUUGUUUUGUUUAAGGUCUAUCGUUUAUCUCAUAUUAUAUUCUCAUGACUUUAACUUUUAAAAUUUAAAUAAAAAUAGCCUUACAGGUUUUAAUUUCUCUUCUAAUCAUUCAAUCAUCCAUCAUUGAGAUAUCGGAUGUUGAUUUGUGUAUAGUUUUUACUUAAAGUCUGCACGACCUUGCAUUAAGUUUAAUUACAACUACUGUAUUUAAGCAAUAGUAAUGGCGUUUGUUCGUGUUAAAAGGCGUCACAACGAAGAUCCUUUUAACUCAAUCGUUGUAUCGCACAAGAAAUUAAAAACUAUCGGUACAGAGUUGAGUAGAGAUUGUGUGUUUCAAUUUGCUGCCACUUUAAAAGACGAGAAUGAAAACUUAUCUCAAAUAUUGAAAGAGGUACGAGAAGAAAGAUCUGUAAAAGUGUUAACAAAGAUGAACAAAAACAAAAAUAUUAAUAAUGUGGUUGAACAUUCUAAAGCAGAACGUUUGAAGCUAGUUAAUACUCUUAGAGCUGUAAAACAAGACACAGUACCCAUUGAAGAAAUAGAUGGAAAGAAUUCAGAAAUAAAAGUUGUUGAUUUUGUUAAGCAAGUAGAAGAUAAUUGCAAGCCUUUAAUAGAUGAAGGAAUUUCAAUUGACUAUGUAUACGACUUGUAUUAUGCAUCCAAUAAUGAUAAUAAAUCAAUUGAUAUACAAGAUAUUGAUAGUGUCCAUGGAUUAGAUUCAGAAAAUUUUUAUAACAUUUGUAAAAAUAUUGAUAGCUCUGAUAAUGAUUCCUCACAUUGUGAAGAUGAUGAUGAUUCUAAUGAUGAAGGGAAUUGGAGAAAUGAUUAUCCUGACGAGGAUGAAAUGGAUAAUGAUGAAGAUGAUUAUUGUCAAAAUCUGGUUUCUAAAUCAAAACAAUGGAAUAUAAAUGAUGAUAGCAGUUCUGACACAGAAGAAAAUAUUGAAGACUAUGAUUUACGUUUUGCAAGAUAUAAAGAACGCGUGAAAGCAGAAGAACAUUUUUUUUAUAAUAGUAUAGAUGAAAGUUCUGGUAGUACAAAUGAUUCAGAUGAUUAGAUUUUGUAAAAUAAAUAUUUAUGAAUGUGGAUCAGC